UCUCAUCAUCACUGUCCCCUGCGACCUUCCCUCUCACACUCUCGCACCAUCUCAUUUACACUUUCAUUCCCAUAUAUACACUCUCUCCCAACAUAUAUAUUCUCACAAUAUUCCACCUCCAAAACACACACACAAUGAAGAGCAGCAGCACAAAGCUGAUCCUCUUCCACCCCAGCUUCACAAAACAACCAGGCUCCCCCACCGCCAUCCACCACCGCAGAUGGUGGCUCUCCUUCAUCUCAUUCCUCACUUUCAUCUUCACCCUCACUUUCCUCACUUCUAAAUCUCUGCUCACCUCCACUCCGCCUUCCCCCGCCGCCGACCCCCUCCCGCCGCCGGUGCUCGACGCUCUCCUCCACUACACCACCGCCAAAACAAACUCAUCCAUGACACUUCAAGAACUCACCGCCGUAGCCAACGUGCUUAAAAGCUGCCCCUCCCCGUGCAACUUCCUCGUUUUCGGACUCACCCACGAGACCCUUUUGUGGAAAUCACUCAACGCCAACGGCAGAACGAUCUUCGUCGAUGAAUCUGCUUAUUUCGUCGGCAAGCUCGAGGAGAAGCACCCCUAUAUCGAAGCUUACGACGUCGUUUACACCACAAAAGUCAAUGAGCUCUAUGAUCUCUUAGACUAUACUAAAGAGCAAAUCAAGAAAGACUGUCGACCGGUUCAAAAUCUCUUGUUCUCCGACUGUAAAUUAGCCAUAAAUGAUCUCCCAAACCAUAUAUACGAGAUGGGGUGGGACGUGAUUUUGGUGGACGGUCCUCGUGGGUUUUUUCCGGUGGCUCCGGGGAGGAUGUCGGCGAUUUUCACCGCCGGCGUUUUGGCGAGGAGUAAAAAAGGGGCGUGUGGGAAAACACAUGUGUUUGUGCAUGAAAUGGAUAGGCAGGUGGAGAAAGUGUGCAGUGAAGAGUUCUUGUGCAAGGAGAAUCUGGUGGAGAGUGUUGAUUUGUUGGGCCACUUUGUGGUGAAAAACAAAGUGGUUAAUUCACAAGAGUUUUGUUCUACUUCAUUUUCCUCUUCAAAAUCAAGGUCACGCUCUUCUAAAUCAUUCUACAAAGGUUAUUAAGCCUGUCAAACACCGCUCGAAGUCGGGUCCGAAAGAUGUACGCAGAAUUUACGUCUAUAAUCUUGUAUACGAUAUAUUAGUACAUGUACAUUUUACUUGUUUGUAUUAUGGGUAGAGGCAUCACAGCAAAAAUGUGCGAGUUUUACGGAGGUUACAAAUGUACAUACUUCACCUCCUGGCCUUUGGAAGUUUGCAGUUUAUUUCAAGUGUUGAAAAUUGUAAUUUAAAUUUUGGAACAAUUGUAAAUACUCCCUAUUUUUAGAUAAUUAAAGUUACUAUCAUGGAGCAA